UGCUUAUAUGCCAGACCGUGCAAUUUUAGUAUCUGGUGUGAUAAAAAGACUCAUAACAUAGUUGCUACUUUUAUGUUCCCUCUAGUAAGUAAGGUAAACCCUGAAUGGGAAUAAAUGCAUCAAAGGCCACUUGUGACAAAGUCAAUGACAAGUAACGUGACUUGGGAUUUUAUAAGGCAGCGAUGUCAUUCUGACUGUAGCCACAACUGUCAGGUUAUGAUCAAACUAUGCUGACCUGUGAAAGCACUGAGAUGGUAAGAAUUUGUGUUGUAAAUUUUUACCUUACAUUUUUAUUGAGAUAUAAUUCACUACCUUAAAAUUCACCUUUUUAAAGUGUACAAUUCAGUGGUUUUUAGUAUGGUCACAAGGUUGUACAAUCAGCAGCACUAACUAAUUACAGAACAUUUCAUUACCCUAAAAAGAAACCCCCUGCUCAUUAGCUGUCACUUCCUAUUCUGUCCUUCUCCCAUACUCUCACAACCACUAAUUGGCCAUCUGUCUCUAUGGAUUUGCUUAUUCUCAAAAUUCCAUACACAUGGAAUCACGCAAUAUGUGUCCUUGUAUGUCUGGCUUCUUUCACUUAGUAUGAUGUUUUCAAGGUUCGUCCAUAUUGUAGAAUGUAUAAGUACUUCAUCCUUUUUUAAAAUGUGGUAAAGUAUACAUAUCAUAAAAUUUGACAUUUUAACCAUUUUUAACUGUAUAGUUCAGUGGCAUUAACAUUAUUGUGCAAACAUCAUGACCAUCCAUCUCCAGAACUUUUUCGUAUUCCCCAACUGAAACUGUACUGAUUAAACACUAACUCUCCAUUCCCUUCCCCUGUGGCAUCCACUUGCUGUGUCCAUGAAUAUGACUACUCCAAGAACCUUAUAUAAGAGGAAUCAUACAAUAUUUGUCCUUUUGUGACUGGCUUAUUUCACUUAGCAUAAUGUCUUCAAGGUUCAUCCAUGUCGUAGCUUGUAGCAAAAUAACCUUCAUUUUUAUGGCUGCAUAAUAUUCCCUUAUAUGCAUAGACCACAUUUUCUUUAUGAUGGACAUUUGGGUUUCUUCCACUUUUUGGCUGUCACAAAUAGGAACAUUUGUGUACAAGUUCUUUUUGUGAACAUAUAUUUUCUGUUCUUGGGUAUAUAACUAAUGGCAGAAGUGCUGGGUCACAUGGUAACUCCUACAUUGCAUUUUUAAUUCUCAUGAUGAUAAAUGCUAAGUGAGACUAAUAGGAUAAGAUAAUUCAGCAGCUGUCUGGAGGAUGUGACUAACAGGGUGGGAAAUAGUUCUGUAAAGAAAACUUGCAAAAGGCUGUAGCAGUGAGACCAGCAUCAAUACGUAUGAAACUAUGCUCAGGGACUUCACCCAUCUUUUUAGAUAGUAAUCCAACAAUGAGCAUACAUAGAAAUCUUAGUGGUUGUGUUACUGGUAACUGAAGGAAACAAAAACCAUUUAGUAAAACAAUCCAAAUUUAGUAUAUUUCUCUAAGAUCAAGUAAACUCUGUUAAAAGAAUGAACUUUCCACAUUUUAGAAAACAGCUUCCACUUCACAUAUAACAAAUGUUCAUACAUAUAUAUAUUUUAAUUUAAGACAUGGCUAAUGAAUCAAUAAUUUAAAAUAUAUUUAAACAAACAAACCCCAUCAAGAUUAAAAGAAGAAUAUGUGGUAUAUGUACACAAUGGAAUAUUAUUCAGCCAUAAAAAAGGAAGUAUUGCCAUUUGCAACAACAUGGAUGGACCUUGAAGGCAUUAUGCUAAGUAGGAUGUCAGAGAAUGACAAAUACUGUUACCAUAUGAUCUCACUUAUAUGUAGAAUCUGAAAAAAAAACAAACUCAAAGAUACAGAGAACACAUUGGUAAUUGCCAAAGGUGGUGGGCAAAAUGGGUGAAGGGAGUCAAAAGGUACAAACUUUCAGUUACAAAAUAAAUAAGUCCUGGAGAUGUAAUGUACAGCAUGAUGACUAUAGUUAAUAAUAACUGUAUUGUAUAUUUGAAAGUUGGUAAGAGAAUAGAUCUUAAAAGUUCUCAUCACAAGAAAAAAAAUUGUAAAUAUGUAUGGUGAUAGAUGUUAACUAGACUUAUUGUGGUGAUCAUUUCACAAUAUAUACAAAUAUCAAAUCAUGUUAUAUGUCAAUUAUAUCUCAAUAAAAAAUUAUGUAAUAUUCAGGUCUAAGUCUAAUGCAACAGAAUAAUAUCUCAAAAAACUUAAACUAAUUAUUGAGGCAUGACCUUCUUGAAGUUGCUUUGGGUAUUUUCUGUCAGCUUUGUUUUCUAGGUGUCUGGUUAUUUGAUCCCUGAGGUGAAGUUUUGAGAUUUUAUGACUGUCAGAUAACAUAACAAUAUCAUGGAACAUCAAAUAUACUUUGGAUAAGACUAGCUGUGUGAGCCUCACCUUUCUUUUUUUAUUCACCAGUACUAUGAAAUGCAUGUGUCAAAGGAAAUCUUUUCUUCAAAUAUCUAUGUCAUUGAAACAGCAAAGAGACUUUUCUCCUGUAUGUAGGCAAUUAUUACUACUUUCCAAGAAAAAAAAAAAAGAUAAGCACUGUUAAUGUAUGAGUGUAUAACUUUCCAGACUUUUUCUCUCUACUGAAGUCUGAUAAUCUCUCAGUCUUUGAAUAUUGAGAUACGCACAUAUUUUAAAAAUAGUUAUCAUGUGUAACUAUGGUUUUGUAAUCUGAUUUUUCUACUGACAGUAUUUCUGAAAUAUUUUCCAUGACUUCAUUAUUUCCCCCGUCUUCACAUUUAUUACAUGGAUACGUUGUAAUGUGUUUAAGCAGUUAGUUUUUCUUGAAUUAGAAUGUUGAACCCUGCCUCACCAUUUCUCUGUCUUUUCUAACAUGUUCAAUCUCACCCAGUCCCAAGGCCUUGAAGUAAGAUGUGGUUUGGAUGGUGUGGCUCCUUUUCAAUCCUGGAUGGUGUGAAGGGAGGGAGGAGGAUCUGCUCAGGGCAGGGCUGAGCAGCCUAAUCUCAGGUGCAGAGCAGCUUCCUCAGAAUGGAGGACCAGCCAGAAAACUGUCUGCUGAAGUGUUUGUUGUUUCCUGGGGAUUGGGGGAAGAGUUUGGAUUUAUCUAAAAUCCGUCUAGUCUUUGGAAAUUGUGUGUUUGUAUAGUAGGAGGUAUUAUGUAAAAUGGAAUGGAGGAGUUAAAAGUUUAAUUUGUUUCAUGGUAACACUAAAUCAUGCUUGCUCUCAUGGUCUCUUUUUCCUUUCCCAGUUCUGGAUUCUCUUUGUUCUUCUCCAGUAGAGGAACCCCAAGGAGGAUUGAUCAGUUUUUGCAGGUGUAAAACCAUGGCAUACGUUUUUGUGUGGACAAAAGUUUUCAAGUUAUUUGCAUAAAUACCAAGGAGCGCAAUGGCUGGAUCAUAUGCUCUGGAUUCUCUGGAAAUUGAAUUAUUUUCAAUGGAGGAACGCUGAGGAGGACUGAUCAGGCCUUACAUUUCUAAAACCAUGACCUGCUUUCAGGAAUUAGUGACAUUCAGGGAUGUGGCCGUAGACUUCUCUCGGCAGGAGUGGGAAUACCUGGACCCUAUUCAGAGGGACUUGUACCGGGAUGUGAUGCUGGAGAACUAUAGAAACUUGGUCUCACUGGCAGGACAUUCCAUUUCUAAGCCAGAUGUGGUUGACUUAUUGGAGCAAGGAAAAGAGCCCUGGAUGAUUUUAAGGGAAGAAACACGAAGACAGUACACAGAUUUGGAUUUACAGUGUGAGGUAAUCAGCUAUAUAGAAAUGCCCACUUAUGAAAAAGAUAUAUCUUCUACCCAACAUCAGAGCAUAUAUAACAGAGAGAAACGCUAUGAAUGUAAGAAAUGUCAGAAGAAAUUUAGUAGUGGCUAUCAACUUAUUCUACAUCACAGGUUUCAUAUUGGUGAAAGACCCUAUGAAUGCAAAGAAUGUGGGAAGAACUUUCGUAGUAGCUAUCAACUUACUCUACAUCAAAGAUUUCAUACUGGUGAGAAACCCUAUGAAUGUACAGAAUGUGGGAAGAACUUUAAAAGUGGUUAUCAACUUACUGUACAUCAGAGAUUUCAUACUGGUGAGAAAACCUAUGAAUGUAGGGAAUGCGGGAAGGCCUUUAUUUAUGCCUCACACAUUGUUCAGCAUGAGAGAAUUCACACUGGGGGGAAGCCUUAUGAAUGUCAGGAAUGUGGGAAGGCCUUUAGUCAAGGUGGACACCUUAGAAUUCAUCAAAGAAUUCAUACUGGCGAGAAACCCUAUAAAUGUCAGGAAUGUGGGAAGGCUUUCAGUAGGCGCUCAAACCUUGUUGAACACAGGCAAAUUCAUACUGUUGAGAAACCAUAUGUAUGUGAGAAAUGUGGGAAGGCCUUCAGAAGAGGGCAUCAACUUACUGUACAUCAGAGUGUUCAUACUGGUAAAAAACCAUAUGAAUGUAGAGAAUGUGGGAAAGGCUAUACCACUGCCUCAUACCUUAUUCUACAUCAAAGAAUUCAUAAAGGUGGGAAACCAUAUGAAUGUAAGGAAUGUAAGAAAACCUUUACCUUGUAUAGAAAUCUUACUCGGCAUCAGAAUAUUCAUACUGGUGAGAAACUUUUUGAAUGUAGGCAGUGUGGGAAGGCCUAUACUACUGGCUCAAAACUUUUUCAACAUCAGAAAACUCACACUGGUGAAAAGCCCUAUGAAUGUAAGGAAUGUGGAAAGGCCUUUAGUUUGCAUGGGUAUCUUAAUCAACAUCAGAAAAUUCAUACUGGUGUGAAACCCUAUGAGUGUAAGGAGUGUAAAAAAACUUUUACCUUGUAUAGAAAUCUUAUUCGGCAUCAGAGUACUCACACUGGUAAGAAACUUUUUGAAUGUAAGGAAUGUGGGAAGGCCUAUAGUACUGGCUCCAACCUGGUUCAGCAUCAGAAAACUCAUACUGGUGAGAAGCCCUAUGAAUGUAAGGAAUGUGGGAAGGCCUUUAGCUUGCAUGGGUAUCUUAAUCAACAUCAGAAAAUUCAUACUGGUGUGAAACCCUAUGAGUGUAAGGUUUGUAGGAAAACCUUUACUUUCUAUAGAAAUCUUACUCUGCAUCAGAGUAUCCAUACUGAUGAGAAACCUUUUGAAUGUAAGGAAUGUGGGAAGACCUUUAGACGUAGUUCACACCUUACUGCACAUCAGAGCAUUCAUGCUGACCACAAGCCCUAUGAAUGUCAGGAAUGUGGAAAGGCCUUUAAAAUGUAUGGAUACCUUACACAACAUCAGAAAAUCCAUACUGGUGGGAAACCCUAUGGAUGUAAGGAAUGUGGGAAGGCUUUCAGUCGUGCUUCAAACCUUGUUCAACAUGAGAGAAUUCACACUGGUGAAAAACCAUAUGUGUGUAAGAAGUGUGGGAAGGCCUUCAGAUAUGGUUCAGCCCUUAAAGCACAUCAGGGAAGUCAUACAGAUAUGAGACUCUAAGAACACACGGAAUAGGAGAAUGCCUUUAGGCAUGGCCCAAGCUUUGUUAACCUCAGACAAUUCACACUGGUAAGAAAUGACUGAAUGUUAGUCUUUGAGGUAUGUCUUUACCAAACAAGAGAAUUCAUAAUGCAGUUCAUGCCACUUUAGAAAGCCUUCAGUGCCACUCCUGUUUUAAUGGAAUAUCUGACUAUUCAAACAAUGGCAAAUUAAGAAAAAAAUGG